UAGCAUAACACGACGGAACACCCCGGCCCUGCCAGGCAGCUCGGAGGAAGGAUGCUCGGAUGAUGCGGAGAGAGAGUCAGCGGAGGAAACAAAUCAGAGCGUAGACUUUACUUUAUUAAGGGAAAAGCUCAUCAGCUGUUUAAUAAGAGAGAAGAAAGAGCUGAUACGCAUUGUUUCUUUUUUAAACGAUGACAGAGCUACUCUGUGUCUGACAGCACUCGGGCUUUGUCUGAUUGAAUAUAAACACGGUCUGUGUGACGGGUGAACUGUAGGUAAUGCAGGUUGUUUUCAGCUGAUGGUAAUGCUCGUGUGUGAUUAUUUUCGGUAGCAGGGCGGAUAUGUGUGUGUUUUGUUAGUGUGAGCUGAUGAUAGCUCUGUUAUUUCUGAUAAUUCAUCUCUACAGGCCUCGGAGGAAUCAGUAAUAUUAGUUAGAUGUCGUGGGAUCUAAGUUGCUAAAAUUAUCUUAUUAAAUUCAGCUGAUACUGAAUUAACACAGUAACACAGCUUUUAGCCACAAUCUCAGACCGUCCUUUAUCUAAUUCACAGCCAAACACACAGCUUUUGACCUCCCAGCUCCUCCGACGUCACGCCGGGCGAUGAGAAACGUUUGGUAGAUGUUUUUGUCCUUCCUCGUUUGUCUCAGUAAGCUCUGCCGUCGCUUCUCCAUGUUCAGCUCAGACAGACUCACUGUGCCCGACUAUGUCAGCCGGCUCCAACCCCGCAGAACCAGCUCUGACCCCAAGGCCGUCUCACCAGGUGUCCACACCGAGGUCCAGGCGGUGCUGGAAGCCUCCCUGCCGGCUCUGAGAGCGGCCAUGAGGACCCUCAGGUCCGCCAGAGACACCGGCGAGCUGGAAGAGACCCGCAGAGCCAUCGCUGAAACCUUCCAGCUGGUGGAGGAGGCCUGGGUCCUGCCCACAGUCGGUCGGCAAGUAGCAGAAGAAAUGUGCAACAGGAUCCGGCUGGAUGGAGGUCUGGAGCUUCUCCUGCAGCUCCUGCAGGCGCCUGCUGUGGACAUCACUUACGAGUCAGCCAAGCUGCUGGAGCAGAUCCUCAUCUCAGAGAACAGAGACUAUGUGGCACGCAUGGGCCUUGGGGUGAUUCUGAACCUGACCCGUGAGCUUGAGGAUGCCCAGCUGGCGCGCAGCAUCUCUGGCAUCCUGGAGCACAUGUUCAAACACACAGAGGAGACGUCUGCGCAACUUAUCAGCAACGGAGCUCUGGACGCCCUGCUGUUCUGGUGCCGAGGCACGGACCCCACCGUUCUGCGCCACUGUGCUGUGGCACUGGCCAACUGUGCCAUGUAUGGUGGCCAUCGCUGCCAGCGACUGAUGAUCGAGAAGCAGGCGGCCGAGUGGCUGUUCCCACUGGCCUUCUCCAAAGAGGAUGAGUUGAUCCGCUUCUAUGCCUGCCUGGCCGUGGCUGUGCUUGCUGCUAACAGGGAGGUGGAGAAGGAGGUGGUGAAGUCCGGCACUCUGGAACUGGUUGAACCCUUCAUCGCCUCUCUAGAUCCAGAUGAGUUUGCCCGCAGCUUGCAGGACAGUGCGGACAGCGUACAGGGCCGCACGGCCGCUGAUCUGCAGCACCUGCUGCCCCUGCUGGAUGGCACAAGACUGGAGGGGAAGUGCAUUGCUGCUUUCUAUCUCUGUGCAGAGACCAGCAUCAAAUCUCGUCAGCGAAACACCAAGAUAUUCCAGGAGAUUGGAGCAGUGCAAAGCCUAAAGAGGAUUGUCAUGUACUCAAGUAAUGCCACUACACUCUCUCUGGCCAAGCGAGCCUUGGCUAUGAUGGGUGAAGAUGUUCCACGUCGCAUACUCUCUACAGUGCCUAACUGGAAAACUGUGGAAGUGCUGAGGUGGCUGCAGCAGAUUGGCUUUAGUGCCUUUAGUGAUCGGUUCCAGGAGUUUCAAGUGGAUGGAGACCUGCUACUCAACAUCACAGAAGAGGAUCUGAUGAAUGAUUUGGGAAUGACGUCUGGGCUCACACGCAAAAGGUUUCUACGAGAUUUGCGGGUCCUGAAAACCUACGCCAACUACUCCAUGUGUGACCCCAAUAACCUGGCUGAUUGGCUGGCAGACUUGGACCCUCGUUUUCGUCAGUACACCUAUGGCAUGGUGCAGUCUGGCGUGGACAGCAACAACAUCCUCCAGAUAACAGACCAGCAGCUGCAGUCAGACUGCCGAGUGGAGAACGGGAUUCAUCGAGCCCAGAUCCUUUCGGCUGCCCGUCGACCUGUCAGACCCUGUCUCACUGACUCGCAUCCUGCAGGCCCGGAUGUGUUCAUCAGCUAUCGUCGCACCACUGGCUCUCAGCUUGCCAGCCUGCUGAAGGUGCACUUGCAGGUGCGUGGCUUCAGUGUCUUCAUCGAUGUGGAGAAGCUGGAGGCGGGCAAGUUUGAGGAGAAGCUGAUAAGCAGUGUGCAACGAGCACGCAACUUCAUUCUGGUGUUGUCAGCCAAUGCUCUGGACAAAUGCAUGGGAGACACAGGCAUGAAAGACUGGGUUCAUAAGGAGAUUGUCACUGCUCUCCAGGGGAAGAAGAACAUUGUCCCCGUCACUGACAACUUUAUGUGGCCUGAUCCCAACUCUCUGCCUGAGGACAUGCGUGCCAUUCUAAAUUUUAAUGGCAUUAAGUGGUCCCACGAGUAUCAGGAAGCCACCAUAGAUAAGAUUCUGCGUUUUCUUAAAGGACACCCCUGUCAAGAUCAGCCAGACAGCUCGAAGAGCAGCAAGGAACCACAGAGCAACCCUGCAAAGAGUCAUUAAUGUCUACUUCUGCCAGCAGACUGUGGAUGCUACUGAAUACUGAGUACAUUAUUCAGAAUAAAUAAGGAUUCUAGACAGAUGGUGAAUAAGUGAUGCACUGUUUUUUUUUUAUUUAGAAAAAAUGCCCUAAAGCCUGCAGCCUGAGCAUAUUGCAUAUUGUAAAAGUAGCAUAUUGCACACAACACUGAUUCAGUAGAUCAAAUACCAACAUAAAUUCACAAAUGUAGCCAAAUUAAUGAACAAAGAUAAAUUCACAGGCCAAAACUGCUACAUUUCAGGCCAAAGCUGCUAAGUUGCAUUAGCUACACUAUAUGUCCAAAUGUUUGUAGACACCCCAUGCAUUUAGACACUUAAAAUAAUUUAAUGACGCUCUUUGGUAGGUUAGAUGUCCAACUAUACACUUACAGCAUGUCUAGUCCCUGUAAAGAAGUAUUGCUAAUAGACUAUCUUGAGCAGACUCUCUAUUGGCUUUGUUUUCAAUGCCAGGUGUGGUCUAGAGGAGUAUAAAGCCCGCCAACAUUGAACUGUGUAGCAGUGGAACUGUGGAAUUCUCAGAAAUGACUGUUCUCCUUCCAAGGUGGAAUGAGAUGAGGUGGAGAGCCAACCCACAUCCUGACUAAAGCUCUUGUUCUCAAAAAUCAAAUAGCCUUUCCUGGACAGUAGAGACAGAUGCACCAACAAAAGCAGCAUACACUUCCAUUUUAUUUAUAUCCUUGAUUUCAGAACAAAAAAAAAUAAUUAGCAGGUGUCCCAAUACUGUGGUCCAUAUAGUGUAUUUCUAAAAUAACUAUGCUGUUAUGUACAUGAUUACUGACCUCGGUACAGUCAGUGUUUUUAAUUUCUUUGUUAAAAUGCUCCCUGUAUAUCCUACAGAUAACACCUGGGUACUUAAAUCUGAGUACAGCUAAUGAUUAUAUAAGUGCUUAAGAGGGACUGAUAGAACUGUGGUUUUAACCGUCAAUAUAAUACAGAGGUAAACCUACUACUAGGAGUAACUAAGUUCUGUACUGAUGUAAAAACACACACAUGAUGUGAAAUAAGUAGAGGAGGAGAAGAUAAGGUGCAAUCAAAAACUUUAGCCCUUAAUACAUGUAUCUACUGCAUAUUCCAGUACUUGCCAGUGUGAAAAUAUCGCUGCCUAUCACUCAGGAAUAUAAAUGUGUCUGUCUGUCUGUUAUUUAUUAAAUCCAGAUCAGAACAUAGACAAACUUGUGUUUAAAUUUAAUUUUCAUGCAUGUCAUGUGACAUUAUUUAAUGCAAAUUCUGAACCUGGCAUGCUUGUUCAUGAUUCAUGUUAAAUUCAUAUAGGUAAUGGUAGCAAAUGGUAGUUGCUGACCUUCUUAUAUAGUCUCUUUGAGUGAAUGUACCAGAUAUCAAGGGCACUAUUGCUAAAUAGCUAAUUCGAUUCCCAGCUUGGUUAUUAGGAUUGUUAAGGAUUAUUUAUUUUUUUGUUUGGAUGAUAUACUGUCCCAGAAAUAAUUGCGAUAAAUGAUAUCAUCAUUUUACAAUAAUUUAAUGCCACUAACAAAAUUGCAAUAUAAUAGCAAUAUAAUGCAGUUACACCAUUUUAAAGAGCAAUUAACUUUUAAAUUAAAUGCAUGAAGUUAGAAUUGGAAUAUCAAGUUAUUUAAAUUAUUUAAAUAAAUAAACCAUACAUAGAAUACAAAAAGGAUACCGUGAUUAACAGUAUGGAUGACAAAGUUUCAACUAAUUAUUAAUUGACACUAGUUAAGACAUUAUUAAUCAUUGCAACAUUUGUUAACUAAUGUCUCGAUUCAUUAUUAUUGUUAUUUACAAAGUUCUUAAGCAUUAGCAUGUAAUACUGUUUAAUAAUUUCCUAACUAGUGUCAAUUUAUAAUUAGUUAAGACUUUGCUUAAUCAUUGAAUCUUGAUUUAACACUGUUAAUUGUAAUCCUUAUUGCAAAGUGUUACCAAAAUGCUAUUUUUAAAGAAAGUUCACAUAACGGCUCAUUCAUGGCUCUUUUUGCUAAAAAAAAAAAAUUGAGGUCAGCAAAAAGUAUUGCUUUUAUGUUUAUAUAAGUUUAUAUAAGAUGUAAUUGAAUAAUCCCACAUUUGGAAAUAACUUGAACAACUUAACCUAACAGUCUUACACUAAAAAGUGUACAUGAGUUUAGGAAGUUAAAUAUUACAGAUUGCAUGAAGUUCCAUCAACCUUCUGUUUUAUGUGACCACUUUGCAGGAAGUAAGAAUGGAAAGUGGGACGAAACAAAGCAACAGAGGAACCUAGAGGGUAACUACGCUUAACGGCUCUAACCAUAAACUCAUUCAUUACUCAUCUGAUGCCGACUUUGCAUCAUCUGCAAUACAGUGAACCUAUUAUGGCUACUUGCCUCUGAACCAGCUUCUAUAUCACUAUAUAUCACUAUGCAGGUAAGACUGAAACUUCAUGUAACAACAACAUGCAGUAUUGGGAAGACCUAAAACACUAGAUAUUGCUAUUAUCGAUUGGUUACCUGUUUAUUUUUUAACGGAUCAGCAGAAGGUUUCUGGUUCCUAGUCUGUGAUAUUUGAGCCAUGUAACAUACUCUUAACAUUAAAGGAUACUAUUGGACUUUUACAACCUAAUCAUUCCCUUACAGUGUUGAUAGCUUUAUCCUCAUCUGGGCUAACUCUUCUUGCCUUAAUGUUUAAACCUCAUGUAUGUAUAUUAAUGCAGUGUGUUUAGUGCAGAAAUCAACUGGUAAUAACCAGAGAAACUGGAAUUAGCCAAGUGAUCAAGUAAUAACUGUACAAUAUCAGGGUUUUGUUUGUUUUAAAAGAAAGUUAAUAAAAUGUCUUUAAUUUCCUUA